AUGUCGAAACAUACCGCCGCUCACCUUGAGUCGGUAGUCCUCCCUCCGAGCGACUCUUCCUCGCGACGCGACUUCUCGUCUACCAACGUUGAUGCUCGUAGGGAGAUCCCCCGGCAUGACAGCCUGGCCGAUGUACAGACAUUCACAGAGCUUUACCACCUGGCCCAUCUUUCUGAUAUUUUCCAAAAGGCAUCGAUGAUCCUUCAGGGGGAUUUGCUGAUAGCUGAAAUACCCGGUAUCACCCCUGCCGAAAUCAAGGCUCUACAAGAUGAAACGACCAACAAAUGGAAGCAACCCCGAAUGCUGUACUUCACCGUCCUGGUUUGCUCGAUGGGAGCCGUUGAGCAAGGCUGGGCUCAGACAGGCAUGAACGGUGCAAAUCUGGGUAUUCCUAAAGCGUUUGGCAUUGGGUCGAACAGCAAACAUGAUUCCUUUGUCCUUGGCCUUCUCAACUGUGGGAUUUACCUCAGCGUGUGCGUUGUAGGCGCUUGGCUAUCCGAUCCCAUUAAUGGUCGACUAGGACGACGGGGCGCUGUGUUCGUGGGCAGCCUUUUGUGCCUCGUAUCUAACCUCGGAUCGUCGCUCAGCCGCAGCUGGAUCGAGCUUCUGCUGUUCCGGCUCAUUCUGGGCGCGGGCUUAGGUAUCAAUGCGAGCACUGUGUCCGUGUACAUGGCCGAAACCGCGCCUGCUGUUAUCCGCGGUAGUAUAUCUGUAUCAUAUCAGAUGUGGACCGCAUUCGGCAUCUUUCUAGGCUUCUGUGCCAAUGCAGCGGUUUAUAAUUACGGUGACAGCGCUUGGAGGCUGCAACUUGCCGGGCCUGUGGUGCCUACCAUCCCUCUCCUCCUGCUCGUGUAUAUGUGCCCGGAAUCGCCGGCAUGGUAUAUCAAGAACAACAACCGAUAUGAUCUCGCCUUUCGCUCCCUCCGGAAACUGAGGAAUAGCGAUUUGCAAGCCGCCAAAGAGAUAUUUUCGACCUACUUGCAACGACGGUCUCAAGCGAAACCCGGCGCUGCAGGGAAAUCAUUGUUCAGGAGACUUCCAGAACUCUUCACCAUCCCUCGCAUCCGACGAGCUACUGUUGCGUCUUACGUUGUCAUGCUGUCACAGCAGCUAUGUGGAAUCAAUAUCAUCGCUUACUAUUCUUCAACGAUUUUCCGCGACGCUGGACUUUCCGAUUACGGGGCUUUGCUAGCUUCUUGUGUUUUUGGCUUUGUCAACUUUCUCGGAGCCUUUCCUGCAGUGUUGACCAUGGACACCUUCGGACGUCGCUCGUUGUUGCUCCUGACCUUGCCGAUAAUGGCAUUAACAAUGCUCGGAGCCGGCCUGAGCUUCAAGAUACCUACGGACAAUCCUGCACACUUCAUUCUUGUUGCAGCGCUCAUCUACCUAUUUUGCGCUUUAUAUUCGCCAGCAAUGGGUCCCGUCCCAUUCACGUACUCAGCAGAAGUCUUUCCCCUGUCACAUCGUGAGAUUGGCAUGAGCUUUGCAGUGGCUACUGCAAGCUUCUGGGCAACCAUGCUUUCACUCACGUUUCCUCGUAUUCUCGCUACCUUGCAGCCGCAGGGCGCAUUCGGUUUGUAUGCAGGACUCAACAUUCUCGCCCUCAUUUUGGUUUUCCUUUUCGUACCCGAGACUCGACUCAAGACACUCGAGGAGUUGGACGAGGUUUUCUCGAUUCCCACCCGGGCUUUUAUCAGAUAUCAAGUGGGCGAAUGUCUUCCCUGGUUCAUUAGGCGCCACAUACUACGUGAGAAGAACGCCGACCUUCCGCCCUUGGUGGUUGGGGAGGAAUACCAGGUUCUUGGGACGACGGAUUAUGAGGAAGGAGAGCCCUUGUAG